UGGAAACGUUCGAUAAGUGACAUUCGGGAUUAAAAGUGCAGUGUGUGGUUCGUGUAAGCAAAAGUGCUUUGGAGUUCUGCGAAAUGUUUGGCAGACCUGACGCAAGUCUGUGAUAAAUAUUAACUUCGUCAAACGAUACUGUGGACAUUGGUGUCAAGGUGUAUUUUGGUUACCGUCCGAACGACAGGGCAUUCCAACGUACAUUGUGGUCGUCGCGAAACCGUAGCUCGAGGGGUGGAGAAGGUGGCGAGGUGGAUAAGAGAGCCGUGUAUUCUUGGAGCGGAGUUCCUCAGUGGGUCGGAGGGGCUAAAGAAAGGCGGCAGAAUGGGCGAGAGGUAUCAGCAGCAACAGCGGCUGCCGCUGCUCCGUUCGUACAACAACGUGCACAAGUCCUUCGUUAGGUUCAUCAACAAGACGCUGCACAACGUGAUCCUCUACUGGAUGGAUUACCAGGGCCAGGCUGUCAGCUAUGGUGUGCUAGCGCCUGACGAUUGCCGGCUUAUCGACACCUUCGACAAGCACCCGUGGGUCUUCGUUGACCAGGAGACCGGAGACAGGUACGUGGCGAACCAGAGGGACGUGUUCUUCCCGGAUCCUUGGUUCGGCAAGAAUCGCAGCCUUGAGCACAGCGAGACACCUGUGAAAUACGAAAGGACGGACGUGUACAUCACUCUGCCGGUUUACACUCUGCGCGACCUGUCUCUGAGGGCCAUCAGGCAGUGUCUGACGCACGAUCAACAGGCAUUUCAGCUCGAAAUCCCGAGAAGCCUUCAGCUCGAGCUGGCGGACAUGCUGCCGCAGAACAAGGAGAGCGAGGACGCUCAGAAAUCGUAGCGAUCGAUGCCACCGACUUAGAGGGUAACGCCGUGUCUCUCCUGAUUCCUGGAUCCUCCCUCCUUGUGUCCAGGUGACUCGAGUUUGAAAGAUUCUGCCAGUAGAGCGGGCGGCUGUCGGGGAUUCGCGGGGAAAGCGUUUUCCGGUCUAUUGGCUUUCAAGAGGAACUUACUUCGGAUUUUCGGGGUUGCCGUGACACAGCUUCAGGAAAUUGGACUUCGAGGCUUCUGAAUGGGAAGUGGGAUAUCUCGCCAUCGUUUUUCCAGGGUUUUUUGGCAACGGGUGUGGCCUCCACAUGCCGACUACCGGGUCACAGGGUUUCCGAGGCUGACAGAAAUGGCGGAAGCUGGGUCUUAGGGUCUCUGUCGCUGAUCGACCAGUGUGAUCCUGGGUAACUGAUCGACCAAUCGAUUAUCCGAGGAUGUGGUUACUGGGGAUAUGUUCUUCGAACAGAUUAAGGCUUCCAUUUGAAUAUUUCGGGAUUAUUCGAGCUUCUUUUUGGGAACGACUCUUGUCAAAUUUUUAGAAUUUUUAGAGCAUCGUGGGCUGGAUUUUAGCUGUGAUAAGAAAUUAAUAUUUUGGAAAAUAAUUGUAUUUUGAGUAACUGCCGAAAUUUUUAUUUUACAUUUCAUUUUGAAAUUGGAUACCAAGUAGAGGGAUAAUAAUGAUCGAAUUACGCAGAGAAGAAUAUAAUUCAUGGUUCUUUUCAAAAACGAUCCUUGUCAAGUUUUUGGAUUUUUUAAUACACCGUGGACUGGAUUUCAGCUGUGAUAAAAAAUUAAUAUUUUGGAAAAUAAUGCAUUAUGAAUUUUGUAUAUUUCUAUAUAUUUUGAAUAACUGCCGAAAUUUUUAUUUUAUAUUUCAUUUUGAAAUUGGACACCAAGUAGAGGGAUAAUAAUGAUCAAAUUCCGCAGAGAAGAAUACAAUUCAUGGUUCUUUUCAAAAACGACUGUUGUCAAAUUUUUGGAAUUUUUAAAACAUC